AUGCCCAGUGACGACACCUCUUCUCAGAACAGAAAUUCCGCUCCCUCCGAUUCCCGCCGAUGGCCCGAUGACGAGACCGCGUUGGACGCUGUCCGCCGCUUCGCCGACGAACAAGUCUCGUCCGUGCUCCAGUCGGUGAUGGGCAUUCCCUCCAUGUCCUCGCGGCCCUCUCCCGACCACUGGGCUAUCUUCGACGAGGAAGCUUUCCGCAGGAGAGACGGCGGCGGCGACGCGAAGGGGGUCGAGCAUGCGCCAGGUACAGCUCCCGGUGCGGCGGACAAUUCUGAUCACUACAACCAGCGCCACAACCGCUAUCCGGCGCAUUCCUGGAGAGACUGGGACGAUCAGUGGUACGCAGAUAACCAUCCUAGAUGGCGCAGAAGUGACCGAGACUUCUUCGACUAUUUCUUCGACAGGGCCUCCUUGUUCGACAGCCCUUUUUCCUCCCGCUUCUUCCACCCCUUCCACCGCUCCAUGUUUUCGGAUUUCGCUAGCAAUUCCUUCGGUUGGCCCUUCUCCUACCUCCUCUUCAGCCCAUAUUCCCCCUUGCACCUGGAACGCCAGGAUCAGUACCACUCCCACCGCGACAGGGGUGUCUUUUCGUCCCUCAUGUCCUCAUUGAGCCUGUCGUCUGAGAAUGAGAACAACAACCCCGCUACGGAAUCCCACUGGCGUGAAGCUUUCGAAGAUCUUAUUCGAUUGGAAAAUGGCAAACCGAUGCUCGAUCAGGACACCACUGCGCUGGCAAAGAGGGAAACCGCGAGAGAUUGGCUGUACGGUCUAGCGAAACGGGGCAGUUUGGGCGAUCAGUGGAAGAUUUCCGAAAGCGGAAGAGACGGCCGGUCAAACCCUAUGCUUGUGUUCCACGACUACACUUCGGACCGCGGCGAUGGCGGUGAGGUGUCUCUCGAGAGAACAGCAGACGAGAACGAAACCGAAACUAUGACGGAGCUGGACAUGUUCGAUCGCUUCUUCGAGGACGCUGCUGCUCGCGAAAGCAAGGCCAUUGCCGAAAUGUUCGAGAGUCCUAUACUGCGCUUGCUGCUGGAGGAGAGACGGAGACCCCGUGACACCGACGAGAAAUGGCUGGAACCUGUAUCUGACAAGCGGAACGAGAACACGGUCCCCGAUACGCUUCCCGAGAAUAAGCUGCAGUCGACCCCCGUGACGGAAUCAACUACAACCACAGAACAACCAACCGUGAUCUCAACCAUGACGAGAACCGAGCGUGUCCGACUCCCCGAUGGAUCCACCCAAAAGAAGACAGUCUGGACAAAGAGAUUCUCAGAUGGUCGUGAAGAGAGCAACGAGACGACGGAAGUACUGAACCCUCCGCAUGGACAGAACAGUACAGGAGACUCUUCAUCUGCCAAUCAAAAGGAAUCCGGCUGGUUCUGGAGAGAUUAG